GCAUGUGCUUCCCCACCAAGCGUACAAAGAACGCCCUCUCCGACGACGACGACAAGCCAACCAAGGCCGCCGUAAAACCCGCCUCCACCCCCGCACCCGCACCCGCUACCAUCACUACCACCAUCCCAGCCAUGGCCCCUAAGAUCGCCAUCGUCAUCUACUCCAUGUACGGCCACAUCGCCACCCUCGCCGAGACCGUCAAGUCCGGCGUCGAGGCCGCCGGCGGCUCCGCCACCAUCUACCAGAUCGCCGAGACGCUCUCCGAGGACAUCCUCAAGCUCAUGCACGCCCCCGCCAAGCCCGCCUACCCCAUCCUCGCGCCCGCCGACCUCCCCCAGUUCGACGCCUUCCUCUUCGGCAUCCCCACCCGCUACGGCACCAUGCCCGCCCAGUUCAAGGCCUUCUGGGACGCCACCGGCUCCCUCUGGGCCCAGGGCAGCCUCGCCGGCAAGUACGUCUCCGUCUUCAUCUCCACCGGCACCCCCGGCGGCGGCCAGGAGGCCACCGCCAUCGGCUGCCUCUCCACCUUCGUCCACCACGGCAUGAUCUUCGUGCCCCUCGGCUACAGCAAGACCUUCGGCCAGCUCGCCAACCUCACCGAGGUCCGCGGUGGCUCGCCCUGGGGCGCCGGCACCUUCGCAGGCCCCGACGGCUCGCGCAGCCCGAGUGCGCUCGAGCUCGAGCUCGCCAAGCUGCAGGGCGAGCACUUCUACAGCGUCGUCUCCAAGGUCUCCUUCUGAGCGGUCUCCCUCUCCUUCUGCUGCGCCGUAAAGCUGUAUCCGUAGAGUCGCAUUUUAUUACCAUCGCAAGUUGUUCUCGUCUU